AUGCAUGACAAACUUGAGGCAAUCACCAACCUGCUCACUGUCCAGUUCAUCACACUCGUCUUGCUACUAAUCACCGCUUUCCUUCUCUUCGCCCGCUUCGGCCUGGUCGCCGGGAACCCAAAGCCUUGGUUAUCGCAAGAUACUAACCGUCAGCAACCCGUGGAGGAUGUUGGUGAAAAAGAUCUAUCGAAAGAAGCCGAAACCCCCAUCGCUCAUGAUGUCGUCUCAACCACUCCUGGCACACUAAUCGCCACGACCUCGCUCAGAAAUGCCAUCGCAUUCGGUUACCCCGCCGCCAUUCGAGUCCACCUUCAAGCACUUUCGCGGAACUGGUGA